GAUGGAGAAAGAAGAGCUCCCAGGGCCUUGGCUGGGCACCAUCCCAGGGGACUGGCCCCUGGCAGAGUGCUCUUUCCCCCUGCCCCAAGUCCUCGGCAACCGGCCUUGGAAGUAGUUGUCAGAAAGCCGCAGGCCAGGCAGAAUGGAGAGCAGAGACAGCUGCCAGCGGAAGAGAUCCUCUGCUCCGGGCUGGGCAGGGAGGGUCAGUGGGCACUUGGGGAGGGCAAGGCUUCUGAACUAUGCUUUUGCCAACCACUUCCUGUCUCUCUUCAGCGGGGGGCUCAACCCCCAGACCUCCAGAAAUGACGUCAGAAUCAUUUGCAUCCCGCUGCUUCUACCUGCCCGGUCCAGCUGGGACCCUGCCUCGCCGGCCCCCUGGCCAGAGGGUUGGAAAUUAAUGAUCAUGAGCUCGUAUUUGAUGGACUCUAACUACAUCGAUCCGAAAUUUCCUCCAUGCGAAGAAUAUUCGCAAAAUAGCUACAUCCCUGAACACAGUCCGGAAUAUUACGGCCGGACCAGGGAAUCGGGAUUCCAGCAUCACCAUCAGGAGCUGUACCCACCACCGCCUCCGCGCCCUAGCUACCCUGAGCGCCAGUAUAGCUGCACCAGUCUCCAGGGGCCGGGCAAUUCGCGAGGCCACGGGCCGGCCCAGGCGGGCCACCACCACCCCGAGAAAUCACAGCCGCUCUGCGAGCCGGCGCCUCUCUCGGGCGCCUCCGCCUCCCCGUCCCCAGCCCCGCCAGCCUGCAGCCAGCCAGCCCCUGACCAUCCCUCCAGCGCCGCCAGCAAGCAACCCAUAGUCUACCCAUGGAUGAAAAAAAUCCACGUUAGCACGGUGAACCCCAAUUAUAACGGAGGGGAACCCAAGCGCUCGAGGACAGCCUACACCCGGCAGCAAGUCCUGGAAUUAGAGAAAGAGUUUCAUUACAAUCGCUACCUGACCCGAAGGAGAAGGAUCGAGAUCGCCCACUCGCUGUGCCUCUCUGAGAGGCAGAUCAAAAUCUGGUUCCAAAACCGUCGCAUGAAAUGGAAGAAGGACCACCGACUCCCCAACACCAAAGUCAGGUCAGCGCCCCCGGCCGGCGCUGCGCCCAGCACCCUCUCCGCAGCCACCCCGGGCACUUCUGAAGACCACUCCCAGAGCGCCACGCCGCCGGAGCAGCAACGGGCAGAGGACAUUACCAGGUUAUAAAACAUAACUCACACCCUGCCCCCAUCCCAGGCCCCCCAUCCUCCCCUCACACACAAAUUGACUCUUAUUUAUAGAAUUUAAUAUAUAUAUAUAUUUUGGUUCUUUUCUCUCUUCCUCCCACCUUCCCCCUUGUCAAUUCCAAACAGACAAAACAGAUAAACAAACAAGCCCCCUGCCCUUCUCUCCUUUCCACUGUUAAGGACCCUUUUAAGCAUGUGAUGUUGUCUUAGCAUGGUACCUGCUGGGGUUUUUUUUGUUUUGUUUUGUUUUGUUUAAGGCCAUUUUGGGGGGUUAUUUAUUUUUUAAGGAAAAAAAACUGCAAAAAUUAUAUAUUACAAGGUGUGAUGGUCUGGUUUGGGUGCAUUUCAGGGGAAAUGAGGAAAAGAAAAAAGGAAAGAGAUUUUUAAGCCAGUACUCCUCCUUCUCCUCCUCCUCCUUCCCCCCUCUUUCCUUAGGCCUUUUGCAUUGAAAAUGCACCAGGGGAGGUUAGUGAGGGGGAAGUCAUUUUAAGGAGAACAAAGCUAUGAAGUUCUUUUGUAUUAUUGUUGGGGGGAGCUGGGAGGAGAAGGGGGAAGACAGCAGACAAAGCUAAAUGCAUCUGGAGAGCCUCUCAGAGCUGUUCAGUUUGAGGAGCCAAAAGAAAAUAAAAAUGAACUUUCAGUUCAGAGAGGCACUCUAUAGGUAGAACACCCCACCCCACCCCCCAUCGUGGUUAUUGUGUUUUUGGACUGAAUUUACUUGAUUAUUGUAAAACUUGCAAUAAAGAAUUUUAGUGUCGAUGUGAAAUGCCCCGUGAUCAAUAAUAAACCAGUGGAUGUGAAUUAGUUUUA